GGGCAGGGAGAGGCUUCAGCACGGGGGACAACCAUGGAGGGGGACUGUCUCAGCUGCAUCAAGUACCUCAUGUUUGUCUUCAAUUUCCUCAUCUUUCUGGGGGGCUCUUUCCUCCUUGGAGUGGGAGUGUGGGUACUGGUGGACCCCACAGGGUUCAGGGAAAUCGUAGCAACCAACCCCCUGCUAUUCACCGGUGUCUACAUCAUCCUUGGUAUGGGAGGCAUGCUCUUUCUCCUCGGCUUCCUGGGCUGCUGUGGAGCCAUCCGUGAAAACAAGUGUCUGCUCCUCUUU